UGUUUGAUCCUGCUGCCACCAUCCAAUCCAAAACACGUCGGGGGUGAAGUAGGGUUGAAGGAUUUCGAACCGUUCACCAAACGGUACAGUUCAGCUUUAAUUUUGGAGAUCUGGAUUGUGUUUCCAACAUAGUGGACUAGCCAAAAGAAAAUCCACGUACAGAUACAUUUUUAUACUGGACCAGGGCGUACAGAACCAAGCUGUAGAGAAGGGGGCUGGAGAUACCAGAACAAAGACGUCUGUGACAAUUUGUGCGCAACAAUCUGGCUACCAAUUGAGUUAAUGUUUUCAAGAUGACUGUUUGAAGGAAAUACACCCCCACCCCCCCACUUGAGUAGCCAUUUCAAAUUCCCUGUGCGUUUUAUUGUGAGGAAGUCGAUGCUGGGUUAGUCAGCGGCCCUGCUCGGUGGUGUGCGCAGUCUCUCCGAGGCCACCGACCGUCCGGUUUCAAGAUGUUGCGAUGAUUAAGGAACAUGAGGUAUAAGUGGAAAGUUUUGGGCACGCAACGAGGACUGCGCUAACAGAAAAUCAGAUGAGCAACACAGUCUGAAGAGAAACUGUCUGAAAAAGCCUUUGUGAUGUUUUUACUUGGCGGUGGAUUGAUGGGAAAUUCUUCCGCCUCCUUCAUGGGGACCUUUCUGGCCAGCAGUCUGGGCUCGCCCCCUUCCCACCCGUCUCACCAUUCCCGGCCGCCCUCCUCGCCUUCCUCGCCCUCCUUCCGGGGCGGACCCCAUUCCAGCGCAUCGCAAAUCUGGUUCUCCCAUUCGCAUGAAGCCGCUGCGGGGUAUCCUCGAUUCUCAGGGAGUCUGGCCCACACUUUUCUUCCUAUGAGCCACUUGGAUCACCAUGCCAAUGGCGGAGUUCUCUAUGGUCAACACCGUUUCUAUGACACCCAAAAAGAGAACUUCUACAUUCGAGGUCUCCCGUCACAGCCUCCUCUCAUCUCGACUAAUCACAGUCUGCCACCGAUGUCCAGGGCGGGUUCGGGACUCUCCCAGGGGCCUUGCAGCAGAGAAAGAGAUCCAGGUGGUGGAGCGAGUCUGCUCAAGGGUCUCAAAGAGGGAGCGGUGGAGAGGGGAGUUGGACCAGUCAAAGACAAGGAGAGGUCGAAUAGCAAACAGGAGGCGAAGGAAAGACAGCAACAGCAACAGCAACAUCAACAGCAGCAGCAGCAGCAGCAGCAGCAGCAACAACAGCAGCAGCAGCAGCAGCAGCAACCGCAGCACCACAGCCAGCAAUCUGCCCUGCCCGCACACCACCAUCACCACCAUUCCCACUCCCAUCAGCAGCACCCACACUAUCCCCACCAUCCAAUGCCCCUGGAGGAAGUUAACAGCCGGGCCCUGGAGAGGCACAAGGCGUCGCUCCCAAUGGAAUACAGCAAGGACCCACAAAUUAUGGGCAAGCCAUUGAGCGCUUGUUUGCACAAUGGCAAGAUGCAAAAUGGAGAGAGCGCAAAUGUGGCUGGGCCCAAGACCUCUAUGUCUAGUUGUGGAGGGGAGGGCACACCCUUGGGAACUAUUGCAGGUGGAGGGAACGGUCACGGCAGACAUAUGAGCUCCAGCGGAAACAGCCGCUGCACCAAAGAAGGGAUAAGUGGGGAGAUGCGAAUUAGCGAACAGCCCUCAGACUGCCUAGAAAGGGGGCAGGCGCCGCUUCACCACACUUUGUCCUACUCCGUAGCCCCACCCUUACAGUUGGGCUCCACUGGAGGGGCGCACACCCACCCACACCCGCACACUCACCCCCAUACGCAUGCACACCCAGGAGGCUUCCAUUGCCUUCAGCUUCACCCGAGCCACCCGCACCAUCCACACCCUUCCCACCAUGCUCACCAUCACCCAGAAUUCUUCUGUCCACCCGCUCCUGCCCCACUAAGUAACCCCGCCUCACACGACAGGGGGCAAGCAAAUGCCGGGCGGGAACCUAAAGUCACAGGGCCUACAUUUGUGCCGUCUGUGGCAGACGCAGGGGAAAAACAUGGCGGACCAUUUCAACUCGGGAACCCUGACUUCCAGAUUGUAGGCAGUGGAGGGGGGACUACCAAGGACAAAAACAUGGUAAAGAAUGCAGGUGGUGGACACCACGGUAGUUGGCAUAGAAAACAGCAGCAGCAGCACCAGCAGCAGCAGCAGCAGCAGCAGCAACAACAACAACAACAACAACAACAACAGCAGCAGCAGCAGCAGCAGCAACAACAGCACACGUACAGAAAAACAGAGAAGGCUCCAGACUGGAUGCAGUCGCAUCACCACCAUCUCCAAGCCUCUCCGCUUCCCCCAUCUAUCCAACAACAACCACAACAACAACCUCCACAACCCCAGAAGCAGCACCAGGUUGUCCGCUCACGCAGUGUUGAGUGUGUAAACAGCGCUGUUGACAUGGACAUGUUCCGAUCCUCAAUGCCCCAGGGACCCAAAACUGGACACACUGUCCCGCAUUCUGUCAACACUUCACCUUAUAGAGACUGUUCCCAUUCAGGACCCCCAGCAAAUCCCUCCGCACUUGGAAACAAAAAUAUGAGUCAGCAUAGCGCUUCUGCCGGUAGCUGCUCCUUACAGAGAGAUGGCCAAAAGGUGGCCAGGAUUCGCCACCAGCAGCACGGGCGACCUGGUUCUGAUGCUCCGUCUUCGGGUGACCUCAACCAGGGGACGGUGCAGGAGAUGAAAAGAAAAAUUGAACUGUCAGUUUAUGGUUACAGUGGCAACGGUGGGCGGCAGCACCACCAGCAGCAGCCCCCUGUGCCGCAAUGGGCCAUGAGACCUCCUCACCACAUGGCACACAAUGAGGAGGACCAGAGAAAGUCCUACAUGGAGUUAGGAAGCAGUACUAUGCAACAUUCGCAGCAACAGCAGCAGAGAAUAAAUCCGCCUCCUCCGCCAACGACUGCACCUUCAGUUAGUCAGCAACAGCAGCAGCCACAGCAACAACCUGACAGCCAAGGCUCAACCCGGGGAGAGAGCAGUGCCAUGAAAAGCUUACUCAAGUAUAGCAACCAGCAGCAGCCACAGCUCCUUUCUCAGAAAACCCCCUUCGGUGGUCUCGGGAGCCUGAAAUCGGGGCCUGCGGGGGGGAGCUGCGCCCUUCAGAUUAACAAACAGACUCUUCCAUCAAGGAAGGGCCCAGUCAGCGACAAUGAGCGUCCCGAUUACAGUGGACGACAUCGGGACAUCGGUGAAGCGGGCCACGGGGAAGGCGAGGUGCGGCAACCCCCGGUUGGUAUUGCGGUCGCCGUGGCAAGACAAAGGGAACCGUCAUGUCAUUUGUCAGACGGCCAUUCCAGCAGCAGACAUGGCAGAGUGCCGCCCACCGUGAAAGGACCAGCCCAUACCAUGUAUCCCUCAGAUCCAACUACGGAGCAGGAGAGAAAAAUGAUGAGCGGGGAACAGAUAGGUCUGACGUGUUUGAACAGGGAUCGAGACGCAUAUCUCAGAGAUAAUAAGGAAAGGGUGGAGUUUUCCAGGAUUCAUCCCUCCAACAGCUGCCACGGGGACCUCACGUCUCAUCUCAUGGUCCCAGGCGGGACUUCCCUCCAAUCUGGCCAAUUAGCAGACCCUGCUGCACAUUCUGCUCACCACCAUUGGAUGCCAAGAACUGGAAGCCCAUCCCUUUGGAUGACAGGACACUCUUAUGCAGGUAUAGGUCAUACUGCCCUGCACCAGAAUCUUCCCCCUGGUUUCUCCGCAGCCAUGCCAGGCCCUCUUCAACCAGUCCUGCCUUUGCCUCAGGAUCCCUCUGCUCAGUUGGUGGUCCUACCCACGGAUGCCCCUACUCAUCCGGCAUCCCACCACCUCGAUGUGAUGGAACAGCAAGGACUUUGGCCCCCAGUGUACGGCGCCCGGGGCCCAGCCUCCCACAUGCAGCAUCCCACAGUAUACUCUCGAUCCCAGUUUCUACGGCAACAGGAGCUUUACGCUCUCCAGCAGCAUCAACAGCUUCAGCAUCAGCACCAAAGCCACCAGUCGCAGCAAGCGCACGCGCAGCCUCAUCAACCACAGCAGCAGCAGCAACAACACAAAGCUGUGCAUGGCAUGGACAUGCAACACCAAGCCCCUCAUAAUCAGAAAAGGGGCGUUGAACCCUCUGUUGACCUGGAGGAACUUCUCCCAAAACCAAGGACAUCAAAACCAUCCAAGCCCUACUCCUAUAACCCUCUCCAAAGAAACACCUCCCCUGCUGGAGCCUGCACUGCUCUCUUGUCCCCUUGCUGCCAGUCCCCUUCAAUGCACCCGCAUUCCAAAAGCACUCCCGCAACACCGUGCCGGGCUCCCAGCCCAGCUGUUACGGCCCCCCACUCACCUACCAUGAGUCCGGCCCGAUCCCAGAUGCCCAAAGAGGCCGAUCCCCAGGUUAAGCGAGGGGAGGGCCAGCCCCCACAAAACUAUCCAGAAUCUUUGGAGCCUGACUUGCCUCCUGGAUACACAUACUCUGCUGUCACGAUUGGCUACAGGAACGGGCCUUCUCCCCAGAACAUUCAGCUUGCAGAACCAGCCGACCUGGAAGCAAUCCAAUCUGAGCCUUCGGAGCAUGCCCCGCAGACUCUUUCUAGCCUUGGGGAGGGGCUUGACUGCCAAGCGGUGGUCAGGCCUCUCUCUGAGCCACUUGAACCUAAGGAAGUGGAUCAGGGAGAUCAGGGGGGCAUCCUUGAGCGAGUCCUGGACCAAAGAGAGGAGGUGGAGGGCGCAGCGGUUACAGUAGCCAACUAUGUAUCAAGGGAGAACGAGGCGGAGACGCAGGGGGCUUCCGAGGAAGAGGUGCUCGUCUGCCCCCCUGCUGACAGCCCGCUGUGCGAGGCUGCUUCCUGUCCAGUGGUGCCCCUGUGCACGGAUCAAGCAGAAAGGGCAGAGACUGUCAUCACCUUGGAGGACGAUGAGCCUAUGAGUGAGGAGACCCAGGUGGAGCCUGCUAUGUCAGAAGAGCACACACCCGGCCCGGGCACCAUCGUGGAGCUUAACACUACGACCCCGGCAGCCCCGCUGGAGCAAUGCGUGGAAGAAAUCAAGGACUGCAAGCAGAAGCAGCAAGGGAACAUGCUGGCGGCUGACAAGGCCCCCUUGGAGAUGGCAUGUCUUUCCCCUGCAGCGGCGUCCGUCCCCAGCCCAAGCCAGGCGACGUCUACUGAAUCCCACAAACCUCUUGUGCCGUGCUACUGGAGCCUUGAGCUGCUAAUCGCUGCUGCUUUCUGUACAGACGUCCCCCCGUUCCCCUUGCUUCCUUUCAACUCUACACCGGCGAUCCCGUCACAGAGCAACCCAUGUCAGGGAAUGGAGCUGCUCAGUGAGGUGGCCGACCUGGAGCUACAACAGAAGAGACACCGCAGUGGGGAAAGCAGAGAGGAGGAGUUGUUGAUGUUUGACCUCCACAGCCUGGCAACUCUAGCGACAGCCCGAUUACUGGAGACGAGUCCACGGGCAGGCAACGCUACGUGUUCGGGUCGACAGUUCCCAGUUCGCAAGACCUUCAACUUGCGAAGGAAAUGUAGCUGGACGCCACGCAAUGAACCAGUGUGCCAAACCAAAGGCAGCAUGGAAACGAUAGACGGUCCCGAGCUUGAGAUGCGUGUCAAGUUGGCCGAGCUUCAACGUCACUAUAAAGAGAAGCAGAGGGAGCUAGCCAAACUCCAGAGGAAACACGAUCAUCAAAAAGAGGAAACGCCACGUAGCCCAGCACGAAGAGGACCGGGACGACCCAGGAAGAAGAAGCCCAUCCUCACAACGAGCUCAGUGUCAUCCGAGGGCCAAAGAAAAGUCAAGCCGAUGGUGACGGGGCAUUCCCUGACGCCUGAGGAGCUCGGAGGGGGAGGAGACAGCCAGAGAAGGAAGAAGAGGCUGUCUUGUCGAGCCUUUGAACAACUUGGAAGCACACAGCAGAUAAAAGCGCAAGGUUGCAAAAAAGGUGGUCCUCAAAGUGUUCUGGGCUCAAAGUUGGCUGCCGAUGUGGCACAGCUCAAACAGAAAAGCCAGGCGAAAAAGAGUCUCUCAGGGGUGCGCUACAGGGACAAGGAGGUUUCACCGUGCAACUCAAAGCAUGGACACCGGAGCCAGGGAGACAGACGAGAGUCUGGGGGACACAGUGACACAGCAGCAAGUGUGGACAGUUGUCCUCAGGAGAGCUGGGCUGGGGAAGGGCACCGCGGAUCUAAAAAAGAGACACAUGGUUCUGCUCAUCGUAGCAAGACCAGAGUGAGGGUUCACCGUGGACAAAGACGGGAGUCACUGGGAGACAGUUCAAAUCCUGAAAGUGACUCCUCGGAACAAGGAGAGGAAGAGGAGGAAGGCAGUAAUGAUAGUGAUGAAGGUCAAGACCUAAGAGUACAACCGCCAAGAGAUGUGACUUCUUGUUCCUCUGUGACCGGUCCAAGUCCUUCGUCCAUUGUAAAACUGGAGGCCAAUCAGAAAGCCAGGAACAAAAAACAGAGACAGGAGCUUUAUGGCUCCCAUACUCUUUCGGGCACGGAAGGUGAGGUCAAAGUACGAAAGAAGAACCCCGGUAGACUGAGCCCGGCCAGUGCAGUCAAAACCCACUUUGAGGACCACAACGCAAGGGGGGUUGGUGGACCGCGAGCUCCCAGGCCCAAGGAGCCUCGGUGGGGAAGCCACAGCAACCGGGGCAACCGUUUCCGACGUAGCAUAGGGCUGCCAACGUUUCCAACAACGAGCGAGAGGUUAAAGAGGGCCACGCGGAAAAGUACCAUCUUGAGUGGAACAAUCAAGCGGAGAAAUAGCUGGGCCCCGGUGUCAAAGACUGAGGACGGAAGCAGAGGCAGAAGAGCCAAAGAGCAUCAGACAAAAGGCCGAGCAGUCAGUCGACUGUUGGAAAGUUUUGCGGCCGAUGAGGGCUUUCAGAUGAAUAGCAGCAGCUUCUCGGAAGAGGACGACGACGAGGACAACAGUGAUUCGGGUAAAAAGAACCCCGAAGUUGCAGUUCCUAAUUGUGUCUUGACGAAAGAACUCUUAACGGAUGGACUGAAGAUUCUGGUCUCAAAGGGAGAUGAGCUUCUUUAUGCUGCCAGGAUCCACACUAUGGAUUUCCCAGAUAUAUUUAGUGUCACAAUUGACGGGGAAAGGGGAAACCGGGCAAAGAUCUAUUCAUUGGAGCAACUGCUUCGGGAAGCUGUCCUUGACGUCCGCCCCGAGUCAGAAGCUAUGCUAGGUGAAGGAACCAGGGUGUGCGCUUACUGGAGUGAACGUUCACGGUGCUUGUACCCAGGCUAUGUUCGCAGAGGGAUUUCAACCGAUGAGGCGAGGCCAGGAGUAAUGGUAGAGUUUGACGACGGGGACCGAGGGAAGAUUUCUGUACCAAACAUCCGCCUCCUACCGCCGGGAUAUCAAAUACGCUGUGAGGAGACAUCUCCUGCUGCGUAUGGACCCAGCUCGAGUCAGGUCAAGAAAAGCUCCAGUUUCAAUAAUACAGCCAAUGACAAAUUCAACACUGUCAGUAUGGUCAAAAGCAACCAACCGCUAACUCUCCCAAAAAGAAGACCAGGGAGACCAAAGGGAUCUGGGAAAAAACAAAAGCAACAGCUGGCUGAAAAUGCCAAUAAAAAUUCUUCCCUCUUUGUGGCAUGGCCUUCAUUGACGAGCACCAGGAAGAGGACGUCCCACAAUCUAUUUCAGCUCAAUGGGACACAGAGAAAGGCCUUGAGAUUGAGGGAGGAUGACUCAUUUGCCUUGACUCCCAUCCAACCGCUUGCCUCCACCCAAUCCAAAGGGCUUUUCAGCAGUAGCUCCUUUGAGGUGGACUCCUUUAGCAGCAUUGCAAAUGGCUACUCCUCUUUCUGUACCAAGUCCACAGGAUCACGUCCAUAUUCAUCUGUCGGUCCAAAAAGUGGGAUUUACGGACAGAAACGCAGACCAGACGAAUUGGUUGCACCCAGGGUGAAGAAGUCUAGUCAGGAGUUUCUGGUCAAAUUAGAUCACGAAGGAGUAACUUCCCCAAAGACCAAGAACAGCAAGGCUCUGUUGCUGCGAGGCGGCUCUUCCAGUCUGAGUGGAAUGCCCAAGACGCAGGGUUACUCACAUCCGGUCCUUCUUGUUAAAGACAACAAAAAGGGUGACAACUCGAGGGUAGAACUUCUCCUGAAAGGAACAACGCCCCAAAGAAAGCCUCCAUUGCUUCUAGGAGAAUAUGGAGACUUGGGCUUCAGUUCGCACCGAGAGUGUCAUAGCUCCUACUCUGAUAUGGAUGAUGAAGAGGAGGAAGAGCAAGAGAGGAAAAGGGCUGCACUUAGAUUAGCUUCAGGGGGUCUAAGGACAGGUGGACAUUUUCUCUCUCAUCUUGCAGUUUCAUCCUCAUCUUCUGGUUCAUCCAGCUCCUCUUCAUCAGGCUCAAUAUCAAGUUCCAGCUUAUGUUCCUCUGACAACGACUCGUCCUACAGCUCAGAGGAUGAGGAAAGUUCGACACUAAUGCUACAGAACUGCCUGUCUUCUCACAGAGGACUCCUCCAACCCAGUGGAGCCUCCACGUCCUCACGGCAACAUUCGUUUGUGGCCAAAGCGUUGGCUGUUUCUAAUACCAAAGGACCGCUUGAUGAACACGUCUCCAACAGUAAAUCUCUUAAGAGGAAAGACUGCGACAGUUCCAUCUCUAAGUCAUCGAGAGAAUUUGUCAAGAAACCAAGAAUGCUACCAGAUGACAUUUCAUGUAUACCGAGGCCCAAGAUGUCCACAUUCCUUGCGAGACGCCAGAUGUGGAGAUGGUCUGGCAGCCCGACACAGAGGCGGGGCUUAAAAGGUAAGGCUAAGAAGCUUUUCUACAAGGGCAUCGUGAGAGGAAAGGAAGCAGUGAAAGUGGGAGACUGUGCCGUGUUCCUCUCAGCUGGGCGCCCUAACCUACCAUACAUUGGUAAAAUUGAAAACUUCUGGGAGUCUUGGACAUCUAGCAUGGUAGUCAAAGUUAAGUGGUUCUACCACCCUGAAGAGACCAAACAAGGAAAAAGGCAGCGAGACGGCAAGCAUGCCCUGUACCAGUCAUGUCAUGAGGAUGAAAAUGAUGUCCAGACAAUCUCUCAUAAGUGCCAGGUCGUUAGUCAAGAGGAAUAUGAGAGUCUGACACGCAAUCAGAAGCCGAACAGUACCGUGCCAGAUUUGUAUUACCUGGCCGGGACUUAUGACCCCACCACUGGUCAGCUGGUCACUGCUGAAGGGGUUUCGAUCUUGUGCUGAACCUCCAUGAGGAAACUACUGAAGAAUUCCUCUGCCGGAAAUAUCAAAGUCCAAUACUUUACAAAGAAGCCCCACUCUAGCCUUGUAAAGUGAUGUGUUGCUUGGUUUCGGGCUGUCUGAGACUACACACUGGAGACUACUGAUGUCUAACCUCCGUGGAAGACUUCGAAAACUUGGACCAUUUAAGUAAAACGGCUGAACUCUGGGUCUUCCUUUGCAUCACAGCCAUCAAUAAAACUGGUGUUUUAUCGGUCUAACGGUUUCAUAAACCUGGCUUCUAUCACGUGUCACCGAAACGAAGCUGGCCAAGGCCGUCGCGGUCUCUAUAGGACCAAUUCGAUGAAGGUAGCCUUACCUGAACCAAGAAGUGAAAGCGAGCGAGACUCGGGACUCUCCCAAAGCCUCGUCAUUCCAGGGAAGUUGACGACGUGUAAAGUCGAUGUCUGUAAAUAUUUUGAAAUGGAUCCAAAUCAAGCCAUACACUUCAGUACCUCUCGCCUGUCUUCAGUGUUCAGGUGUACAGAUUGUACAGAUGGAAUAUUGUAUCGUUGUCUGUUGUCGAUAUGUACAUAAAAGCUAUUUUAUACGGGAUUAUAUUGUACAUAUGAGAUGUAUCUUUCCAUGUUUGCAAUUGAUUUAUUUUUAUAUGUGUAUAGAUUGUUGUCGUUGUUAUUUUUUGCUUUCUUUCUUUUGCUUUGGGAACUCAUUUUUGAAGAUGUUAGCGUUGCACUGCUUAUGCCCUGCUGAGACGGAAACAGACAGAGCACAAAGAGAGAAGGAUAUGGUGGAUAACCGGGCAAGACUCGCUCUCUGAGAGAUUCUGAGUCGUCCUGUUUUAAAAAAAGGUCAAGUGGCUUUUUUGUAAAUGUUAUUUUGUUGUUUUUUUAACCGAUCAUUUUUUAUUUAUGUCCUUCUCAACUGAUUUUUAAGGCAGACCCCAGCGGACUGCAAUCAUAGAUAAUAAUUUAAGAUAUGAAUGACAUUUGAGUCAUCACUAAUCAUGUCCAUACAAAUGAAUUUAGAACAAGACUGGCUCUUCUAACAAUGUGCUACAUCCUAAAAAACAUACCAAAGUGGCUUUAAUAUCUUGAUUUGAAUUUAUCGUAUCGCAAAGCACCUGUAUCGAAUUUGAAUCGGAAAUUACUGAUCAGAAAUCUUCCUCCGCUGUGUGUGUUGGCUCUGCUUGUGGCUUCUCGCAGUUUUAAAAGCCCGCCAGGGAGCGUGAGCAUGAACGUCCAGGUACUGACAAAAUAUGAGAUUGAGCAUUCAAAAAUGUUAUUUCCAUUUGAAUAUCAUGUCGAUUUUGUACAGUACGCGCACAUACUCGAUAGUAACUGUGAAGGACAAUCAGAUUCACAAAGCAAUGGACUAAGUUCAUUUCAGUUUAUUUAAUUUGUGCCAAGUCCGUUUUGUCUACAUUAGUCUUGUUUUAUAUGCAAUCCUGACUCUUGUAUUGACAAAAGUUUAUUUUGUUCGCCAACACUAUUUAUUUUCACGUCAACGUUGCUGUUUGUCCAAGAGCGCUUUAUGAGAAUGUGACAGUUUUUCAAAAAUGGGUGUGAUGUCGCAUUUUGCAUUUCUUAAAUAAAAGUGGUCUUCUAGAGGCCAAACAGUGAAAAGAAAUAAAAACACUGGAUUGUUCUCGUCCACAAACA